AUGUACGAUCGAACAUCCAGCGUAAAGACGAGCUACCCGAAAAACUACAAUCAUGAGGACGAUCUGAAAUAUACACUGGAGAUGUGCCAGUGGCUGCUGAAGCCGCUCGGCGUGUGGACUCUGAUCUACCAUCGCGUCAGCAAAUUGGGGAGAGCUGCCUCGAUCGUGAUGCUGUUCCUUUGCUUCUCGUGUUUCCUAUUCGUCAUCAUACCGUCGUUCAACAAUAUAUUCUUCGUUGAGAAGAAUGUGGCAAAUAAAGUGAAGGUGUUCGGUCCGGCCGUUUUCUGCGUGUUCUCCACUGUGAAAUACUGUUAUCUGGGAGCGAGGGGCAAGAUCUUGGGUCAAUGCAUCGAGCACGUGGAGCAGGAUUGGAGGAUGGUGCAGCACCAGGAUUACCGAGCCAUCAUGCUGAAACAAGCGAGCAUCAGCAGACGCCUGAUCGUCGUAUGCGUGGUUUUCCUUUACACCGGGGGCAUGUCCUAUCACACGGUGUUGCAGUUCCUGUCGAAAAAGACGGUCAAGCUGAACGUUACCGUGCGACCGCUCGCUUAUCCUGCCUUCGAGUUCCUCGACCCGCAGUCCACUCCCGCGUACGAGAUCAUCUUCGUUCUCCACUGCAUUUCAGCGAUGAUGAUGUACACCGCCACGUCGGCAGCGUACAGUCUGGCCGCGACCUUCGUCAUGCAUAUCUGCGGGCAGAUCCAGAUACAGAUCAUACGAUUGGAGAACUUGAUCGACGAAAGUCGGGAGAAGAAUAACUUUCACGAGCGUAUGGCGAUCAUUGUUCGGGAUCACGUCAAGGUGCUCAGGUUUUCCAAGAACGUCGACGAAGGGUUGCGCGAAAUAUGCUUGACAGAGAUAGCAGACUCAACGUUGUCCAUGUGUAUGCUUGAAUACUAUUGCAUGGCGGGGUGGAAGAAUAAUGACACGGUUGCGAUAGCCACGUAUUUUAUGUUGUUGACCUCCUUCACUUUCAGUAUAUUCAUUUAUUGUUACGUCGGUGAACUCCUAUCCGAACAGUGUAGUCAAAUCGGCCGAGUUUCCUACAACAUUCAUUGGUACAAUUUAUCUGCGAGGGAGGCCUAUAAUUUCGUCCUACUGGAAGCCAUAUCACUUUAUCCGCCUAAACUCACCGCUGGAAAAAUUAUUGAACUCUCUAUGAACACGUUCGGCACUGUGGUGAAGACAUCUGUAGUGUACUUGAACUUACUUCGAACGGUUGCUUGGUAA